GCCUGAGACAGCAUUCUCCGGGUUCUGCCUCAAGCCUCUCUGGUCUCCUCUCCCGGUACAACCAUGUCCCUUCUCUUGUGCCUGCUCUUGAUGCCCAGCCUGGCACUGCCUAUGCCCACACCCCCCAAGCCAAGCCCAGAGCUGGCGCUGCAAGAUGAAGUCAACAUCCUUCUCCACGGCGUCCUGCAGUUUGGCCAGGCCCUCAACCGCAUUUACAAAGCCACGGAGGCCCAGCUCGAUGGGGCUAGCCGCAGCCUGGAGCUUUACGAGCAGACCGUGGUCUUGCUACAGGAGGAUCUGGGCAAUACCCGGGCACGGACGCAAGAGCUGGAGAGGAGUCUAGGGGAGAUCCAGGCAGAAGAGGAGAGCUUGGAGUUACAAGCUCAGGGAGCUGGGAUCGCACUCAGCAAGGUGAUGGAGGGGCACCAGGAUCUUCAGGAGAGAGUGGAGACGCUCCAAGGGGCCCUGGCUGCUGUAGCGCCCAGCCACACCCAGAAGGAGCUGGAAGAUCUAAAGCUCUAUGCAGACAAACAAAGUCAGAUCAUCUGGUCCCUGAUGGGUCAUGUCCAGCGGCAGCAGCGAGAGCUUGCCCAGCAGCGGAAGCAGCUGUCUCACAUUCGGGACAGGCUCCAAGGUUUAGCACUCCCAUCCUGAGCUAGCUGGGGAAGAAGUCUGAACCCAAGUAAGACGGCCCCUGGGACAAGGGCCUCAGCAGGGGAGAAGACGGGUCGUUCUGAUCCUUGCUGCCUCUGAAUGUCUGUCUGGAGAACAUGUUCUGCACUCGGAGGACCUGAGUUCAAAGGCUGGCUGUCAUUUACUGUCUGUGUGACCUUGGCCAAGUCACAACCUCCCUAGACUUCAGUUUGCUCAUCUGUAGAAUGAGGGGAGUGGACUGGAUGGCCCAGGAGGUCCCUACCAACUCCAGGGCUCUUGUCAGGAUUCCCAUGUCCCUCCCAAGGGGCCUCUACAGCAGUGGCCCUGCCUAAAAUUGGGUGGCCAAGGGAGGCUGACCAAGAAAGUCGGAGAAUGCGGAGAAGCUGGCCAGAAGAGAGGUGGUAGCUGGGGGGAUAGAACCCUCUGGUAGGCUGAAAAACUGACAUUAAACCACUGUUUUGGCCUGUA